GGCUGCGGAGGGAGACACUUAUCUCCCUGCCUGUGAUUGGCACCUCGUGCCUUUCUCCGUGCGUAUUUCUUUUUUAUCUCCCUCUCUCUCACACAUCUGGUGAGUCAUGGAGGCUGGUUUGAAUGGCAGCCCCGAGCUUUAUAACGGGAAUCCGGAGCCGAAGACAGAGAAGUUCAUGGUUCAGCAGCUUUCUCCUCAGCAUUACUCUCUACGGGAAGCCACAUAUCUCGUCCCACGCGGAGUCCCGCCAGAAGCUUGACAGUCCCUUAUUAUGAAGAAAGUUCAGUGCACGUUGCUGCUCGUGGCCGCUGUGUUGCUACUUCUGGACUCUGGGGGCGCCGCGGUCAUCACUGGGGCUUGUGAAAAGGAUCAGCAGUGUGGAGGAGGCAUGUGCUGUGCUGUCAGCAUCUGGAUAAGAAGCUUACGGAUGUGUACACCUCUUGGCAAUGAAGGAGAUGACUGUCAUCCUUUAAGUCAUAAAAUUCCAUAUUUUGGCAAAAGAAUGCAUCACACAUGCCCGUGUCUUCAAAACCUCGCUUGCACAAAGCUGGAUGACAGCAUAUAUAAGUGCUUACCCCUUAUUAAAAACAAAGAUUUUUAUUUUUAGAAGAUGAAACUGUCAGAUGUACUGUCAUAUAAACUGCCAUAUAUAAUAUAGGAAAGUUAGUUGUUUAGGAUACCUUAUGUGUCACGGAGAUUGUUUAGAAAAUGCUUAGCUGAUGUAAAUGAUUUAUUCAGUAUUUAAAUGUAUUAGGUGAUAGUUUUAUAAAUACUGUCGUAUUCUAAAAAGUGAAUGCUCAGACAACUGCUGAUCUGCGGAAUUAAAAUGUUUUGUAAUAAAUUUAUAAAGCACGA